GCUGGGAGAGGCAGAGGCGAGGGAAAUCUCAAAGUGGAGUGCAAAGUCUAACACCCAGUGCUAAAGAUUUCAGUUCACUUCCCUUAGUUUAAAGCAGUUUCACGUUGUCAAUAGCAACUGGGACGACGAGUUGUGCGGUCUUCACCGUCAGUACGAACAGCAGCGCUGCUGGUUUAACUUCCUCCUCGGUCAGAACCACUCAGCCGACCCGGGUCAGCACGGCUCCAGUUCAGGGCCCGAGCGCGCUACACAGUUACUCCGUCUGAGUUUCUCACCAUGGCAGGGGCCGGUGGUGGGAACAGUGACGUGCAGUGGUGCUUUUCGCAAGUCAAAGGAGCGAUAGAUGAUGAUGUCGCGGAAGCUGACAUCAUAUCCACUGUUGAAUUCAACCACUCUGGGGAGCUACUCGCCACUGGGGACAAAGGGGGCCGCGUGGUCAUCUUUCAGCAGGAGCCAGAGACUAAGAAUCAACCACACUGCAGAGGAGAGUACAAUGUUUACAGCACCUUCCAGAGCCAUGAACCUGAAUUUGACUACCUAAAAAGCCUUGAGAUCGAGGAGAAGAUCAACAAGAUUCGAUGGUUGCCUCAGAAGAACGCAGCACAGUUCCUCUUGUCUACAAAUGACAAAACCAUUAAGCUGUGGAAAAUUAGUGAGCGAGACAAGAGACCAGAGGGCUACAAUUUGAAGGAAGAAGACGGGCGUUACAGAGAUCUCAAUACUGUCACAACGCUACGGGUACCAGUGUUCAGGCCCAUGGACUUGAUGGUGGAAGCCAGCCCGAGACGCGUGUUUGCGAAUGCGCAUACCUACCAUAUCAACUCCAUCUCAGUCAACAGUGAUUGUGAGACAUACCUGUCUGCAGACGACCUGCGUAUCAACCUAUGGAAUCUGGAGAUCAACGAUCGCAGCUUUAACAUCGUUGACAUUAAGCCAGCCAACAUGGAGGAGUUGACGGAGGUGAUCACAGCAGCAGAGUUUCACCCGAACCAAUGUAACACUUUUGUCUACAGCAGCAGCAAGGGCACCAUCCGCUUGUGUGACAUGAGGGCGUCAGCUCUGUGUGACCAGCACGCCAAACAGUUUGAAGAGCCAGAGGAUCCAAACAAUCGUUCGUUCUUCUCUGAAAUCAUCUCAUCCAUCUCUGAUGUGAAGUUCAGCCACAGUGGACGCUACAUGAUGACACGAGACUACCUGUCCGUCAAAAUCUGGGAUCUCAAUAUGGAGUCACGGCCAGUAGAGACAUAUCAGGUGCAUGAAUAUCUCAGGAGUAAAUUGUGCUCCCUCUAUGAGAAUGACUGCAUCUUCGACAAGUUUGAGUGCUGUUGGAAUGGGAACGACAGCGUUGUGAUGACCGGUUCCUACAACAACUUCUUCAGGAUGUUCGAUCGAGGCUAUCGGCAGGACGUGACCCUGGAGGCGUCGCGUGAGAACAGCAAGCCUCGAUCUGUACUGAAGCCUCGUAAAGUAAGCACAGGUGGGAAGCGCAAAAAGGAUGAGAUCAGUGUAGACAGUCUGGACUUUAACAAGAAGAUCCUCCACACUGCCUGGCAUCCUCUGGACAACAUCAUUGCUGUGGCCACCACCAACAAUCUGUAUAUAUUCCAGGAAAAACUGAACUAGCAUUUGUUGAACCGCUCAUAUCUGUUUCGGCUUGAGCCCCACUGCUCUGAUGCACAAAUGCAAACAAUAUAUUUGUCUGUCCUAAAUCCCCAAAUUUUGGUAAGCUCUGCCCUUGGUGACUUUGGUAUUAAAAGUGACUUGCUCUGUCAACAACAAACGGCAUGAACGCAGUACCCCCACGCAGGUCGCCACACAGACAUGUUCCACGCGUAUGGCCAAUAUAAACAUGCAGGGGCUGUAAAGUCAGGAAUUUGGGAUUUAGUUUCACAGGUUUUCUCCAGCAGGAGCACUCAGUACACUAAGCUACCAUUUGCAACUCCACUACAUCCCAGACCAAAGGGAAAAUGUGUUUAAUACACGUUUGGCUCGAUUGUUUCAUUAUUCUGUUGUGCCAUGGUGACAUGAUUCAUGUGUAUGUCUCAGCAACCAGUUGUCAAGAUUCUGUCGCUGCCUAGUUUAAUUAGCUUGAAUAGGAAAUACUUUCUUCUGUUUAUACGUCUUUCUGUCACAAAGUUUUUUUUUUCGUUUUUUUUGUGCUCGCCUGAAACACUGCUAAUACAAACUGUCAACACUCCACAUUUGCCCCAAGUAUUUGUCAAGUUGCCAAGCUCGCUCGCCACUUCUUUCCCACUGUUCAGUGUAGUUAUCCGGUUAAAGGACUAUUCUGGUGUUUUAGCUCAUUCAAGCUCAAAAGAUGACCUUGUAUCACACAGUGUGCCAUUAUUUACUAGAUGAUUUAUAUGCAUUUAUCCACAGUAAGAAAGUCAACUCACAGCAGACGAACGUGUAUUUCAACACAGCGAACUGUUGAUUAAGUCAAAGGUAUUCUUCAUUUUAUCAUCUAAACAACAGCUGUGUUUCUGAUGCAACUGCUUGUACGUGUAUUGGCUUUUAACCGGCUGAAGCUCACAGGUGUAAUGCUGCACUGUCUUAAACAUAUAAGGUUUUCAAACCUGCUCUCAAGUACAUUACUAAAAUUCAGUUAAAUGUUCUUUGGGAUCACUAAUUUCAAGCAUGUAAGUUGACUUUCUUUGUGCAUUGAAAUGAGUACUUGUAGGAAAAUGCACUGCAGUAUUUAGUCUUUAUCAUUUCUAGUUAAUGGCAAAAAACAAAACACCAAGUUAGUCCAUUUAACCUGUUCACAAGAGCGGCGUCGGGAGUUGAAUGUGAGCUCACAAUACAUAAAGUAACCAGUCUUAUGGACUUUAAAGUUUUAUUCAUUUAAAGCUGUCUUACAAAGUGGCCGGUCGUAGGUGGACAACCAUUUAAAGCUCAGGACAAAAAUGUGAGGUUGCCUAAUUCUCUCGUGUCACCAAAAUUGAGCCCUGAUGCCGACUUCCCCACAAAACCUGUCAUAUUGUUGCAGAUUGAUCAAUAACUUUAAUCUCUGGAUCUAGUUUCUGUUGGAAGUUUUUUUCUUUUUUUAUGAUGUUUUGUACUGUAUCUGAUAAAAGAAUAAUCACUUUAGCGGAUUUAUUUUUGUAUAAAUUAAGACAAUAGGAUUACAGUCUGAUCACUGUAGUUUCUUUAUCUGUCUGUCUCGGACCGAUUGUAGAUGGAAGGUCACCUGAUGUGGUUUCCUUUUUGUCAUGACUCUGGGACAUUGUUCAUUCAAGCGGGUAUUUCUUUAAAAGCUAAAGACUUUUGUGACAUCAAGGAAAUGUCAUGUUUCUCACGUGGGAUGUCCAACGAAAAGUACUUUAAGCACUACAGGUUUUUUAUUUUUUUUAUUUGGCCGACUGUAAAUUAUGUUUAUGUAAAACUUUUUGCAUUUUAUGCUCGCUGUGAAAGAACAGGCCCUUUUUGGGUUGAAUUGGGAAAGACCAUUUAAUUCAACACACAACUGUUCAAACGUGUUUCGCUUAGGCUUGUGAAUUCAGUUGAGGAUGCAGUGAGUUACUUAUUUUGAAUUAUAGUAUGUCUUCUCUCCUGUGAUGCAGGAGGUUACAUAUUUGUUUAUUUAAAGAGAAUUUGUGAACCACAUGGUUUGCAGCCCGUUUUGUGUAAGUGGUCAUUAAUGACUGUUGAACAUGGAGGGGGGUGCGAUACUUUAAAUAAUGAAUUCUGCUGUUUCUCUGCUACAAUUGGCUUCAUUCACACACUGCUGAUUUUCUCCUUUUGGAGCCGACCGUUUGAUUAGAGCACAGCUUGCCAGUCCAUUAAAAUUAUGUUUUGAGGACAGAUUAAGCCAUUGAAUUAGGCCACGCAGCAUUUCUGGUCCACUGGAUCAUUAUGUAAGUUAAUGUUUCACUCCCACCUUUUUUUUUUUUAGAGAUUUCAAAUCCUAUCAACAGGAUGCCACCAAAACAACCACCCAUCUUCAUUUGAUGGUUCUAGGUUUGAUUGUCGCACCCUCCGGGCUCUGGGUAAAGUCCUCAUGACUUUUUUUUUUGCAAAUCUUUUCUUUUUGGGGAAAAACUUCUUUAAUAUCUGAUGCAAGUUUGUGUGAGGGUGAUUUGCCUCAUGUUAUAUAUGCAUGAACCUGUAUAAGGUGGCCCCUUUUGUCCCAUUCCACGGGUAAGGGUUGUCAAUGAACUAGCCAAUCAACGAGGAUAGCUGUCCAUUCAAAAUACAGGAUGAGUGAUCUAUUGUCCCGUCAUUCAUUAAAAGGAAGCAUUUACUCACUCGCUUUUAUUCAGUAACUAUUCUUACAACCUGUUGGAAGAUUUGAGAAACGUUUUGAAAAUACAGAAACUUGUAUAAAAAUGUCACCAGAAUUUGUGCAAAAGUUGUUAUGAGGUAACAGGGUUUUUUCUUUUAUUUUAUUCCCUGUUUUUCAGGUCCAGCAGAGGUGAUCUGUAUGACUUAGAGCAUUUUCUGCAAAACGGUCAAUGUCAGUCAUAUUAUCUUCAUAGCUAUUAUUUGAGGCCAUGACAAGACGUUCAGAAGAACCAUAAUGCCUUUCUUAUAGCCUAAAGAAGAUAAUCAAGUAGGUUUCUUGGACUUUCUGGUCUGCCGGACAGGAGACUGCUCAGGGGAAUUUACCGCUGCUCUGUGAUCAAAAUCUCUUACCUUUUAAAGAAAAAAAAAACAGCUUUUCAGGAUUUUAUUAAAAACUGCCUUUACCA